GUACGACUAAGAUCCUACCAUUUCUCUAUACGGCAUACCCCAGCUUUCAUCCCAUCCCGCAUUAGCUCGGCCACUGGAAUGCUACCACCAAAGCUCUCCAGUCCUCUCGCGUGGGGGAUGCUCGGCGAUUUUCCUGUUUUCCUUAUUUGAAGGGCUGAUCCUCAAUUACUUCCCUCGAACUUCCCUCGAAUCUACCAGUAUAUAUAGGUGGACUUGCGCGAACAUCCACUUUUGGCACUCUCCAGCAGUCAUGAUUGUAUCUACAGCUGCGGCCAUUGGAGCCGCAAUUGCUCUCUCUGUACUCCCUAGAGCGAAUGCCGCGGCCCUACAUAAACCAGCUCUGGCGCGUCGAGAUUGCCCCGAUUACACGGAUUAUUCCCAAUCUCCACACUCUCCCUACAGCGAUGGACCACUCCAUCUUCCUUUUCAACGCCCAACGGCAGAAUGCCGGACGUUCGUAUCCGAGUCCGUAGAAAAGGUCAUUUCUGACGUGACUUCUCGACUGGUGGACCCAGAUCUCGCUAUGUUGUUUACCAAUGCCCUACCGAACACAUUGGAUACAACGAUUGCGUGGCACGUCAAUGGCAGUUGGGUGCAUAAAAGAUCACCUAAGGCGACAUGGACUGGAACUCAGUCCUUCGUCAUCACUGGAGACAUCAACGCAGAAUGGCUGCGUGAUAGCGUGAACCAACUCAUGAACUAUCAGACUCUAGCAAAGUCCGACACAGCCCUAUAUCAGCUCAUUCUUGGUGCUAUCAACACCCAGGCGGAAUUUAUCAUCAAUUAUCCGUUUUGUGGUGCAUUCCAGCCACCAUCCCCAAGCGGUCUUGCUCCGACCAACAAUACACAAAUUGACACUGUCACCCCUAAUUAUGACCACUCAUUCGUCUACGAGUGCAAGUACGAACUUGACUCAUUGGCAUCUUUCCUCUCCCUUGGAAACCAGUUUUACAAUGCAACUAAAUCGACCGAGUAUCUCUCAGACCGCUGGUAUACCGCAUUGGAUACCGUUCUGAAGACGCUGGAUGAGGAGGCGCAACCCACAUUUGACAGCAAUGGUCAGUACGUUACCAAUAUUUACACAUGGCAACGUCAGACCACCCUUGGAACUGAAACCCUCAGUCUCACCGGCGAAGGAAAUCCGUUGAACAGAGGUGUUGGCCUCAUUCGUAGUGCUUUUCGUCCUAGUGACGAUGCGACCAUCUUUGGAUAUUUUAUUCCUGCCAACGCUAUGAUGUCAGUUCAAUUGGGAAGGACUGCUGAUACUCUGGAGGCAGUGGGUGGAAACAAGACCCUCGUCGAGGGCCUCCGUACGCGAUCAGUCAACCUUCGCAAGGCCGUUUGGGAGCAUGGUGUUUUUGAACACCCGACGUAUGGCAAGGUCUUCGCUUUUGAGGUUGAUGGGUACGGAGGACGCAACGUCAUGGAUGAUGCCAAUAUUCCUUCAUUGCUGGCUCUUCCGUACUUGGGCUUCUUGGAUGUGAACGAUGAAACAUACCAGAACACCCGCAAAAUGGUUCUGAGUGCCGACGGAAAUCCUUACUACUUGAGCGGGUCAGCCUUCCACGGCAUUGGCGGCCCUCAUGAGGGUCUAACAACCGCGUGGCCAAUGUCACUUCUCGUCCAAGCGCAAACAACAGACAAUGAUACCGAGAUUAUGGACUGUAUCAAUCUUGUAAUCAAUUCCAGUCGCCUUGGGCUCAUUCACGAAUCCAUCAAUGUCAACAAUAUUACCGAUUAUACGAGACCAUGGUUCGCAUGGGCCAAUUCCCUGUUCUCGCAGACCAUUCUCAAGAUUGCCGAGGAGAAACCACACUUGAUUUUCAAUGAUAGUACGCCUUACGUUGUUCCUACAUAGGCGACCUGACCCAGCGCAUCAGCUCAACAGACUUGGACAGUAGAUAACGAAUGACAACCUUAUAUCUAUUC